UGAUUCGGAUCAGAAGCGAGGGAAUAAAUCCUAAAAUACAUUUUGCAUCUCUGUGUAUCAUUUCAACCAGUGCUGCAGUCAGGGAAAGGUGGAAGUUGAAGUGAGACAUAUGGCGCAGAUGAUGUGUGCACUUACACAGUUGACUGAAUGGACGUUUCUUCUUCUGAUGUACGUCUCAGCAGGUGUGUCUGAACUGAUCUGUCCCAGUGUUGGGUAUCUCGGAUCUCCUGCUAACCUGACAUGCAUCUCACCCAGUGAUGUAACGUCACAUGGAUAUACAGCAUCGCAGGGUGAAGUUGCUGCCAUCUGUAAUGUAUCAAAUUCAUCCUGUACAACUGUGGGUGACUACAGGGCGUCUACCAUCAACCAGACACACAGCCUCCUCACCAUACCUGCAGUGCAACCAGCACAUGCAGGGGAGUGGAGAUGUAACACAUCAUCCUGUAACCUCAUAGUUGUCAGUAAGUUUAUAUCAUGAAACAUUAGUAGUAAUCAACACGUAUAGGUGAACUAUUACUAUAAAGCAUUUGCCUCAACUAUCCUGUAACCUCGCUGUUGCUAGUAAGUACAACAAAUAGAUAUAAAAAUAUAAUGCACAACAAGUAGGUACACAGCAUACGCAAGGGUACAGUUUGAUGUACCAUUUUUAUCCAUGGUGACCAUCAUGCCGUAAUAUGUUGCUGUUAAUGUCAUAAUUUCAAAAGCAAUGUUGACAAUCAACUGUUGACAAUCGAAAGAUGUGUAAGUGAAUAGUUUUCUCAAUUCCAGGAUGAUAAAAAAAACAAAAAAAAAAACAACAUGUGUGCGGUUUGUACCUACGAUGGAUAAAUAAAAUACAACAGUAAAUAGAACAAUUAUACGUACCAAGUCAGAAUGGCAUUUCAUAGUUACAUGAGUAACACCAACGAUCUAUAAUCCAGUUCAGUAGGAAUCAUUUGUUUUAAUUAUUAAAUAGAUUUGGCACGGAUCAUUGUCACUUGCCGCGGUUCAUCAUGUCACACAUGAACCAAUGCGAAGGUGAAGGUCAUCUGUUUUCAAUACCUUGUGCGAUCCCGUGAGAGUUCAUAACUACCUGGCAUCCACGCCCCAAAGGAAUCAAUCAGAUCCUGGGAAAGAGUUACCUACUCUUCCUACAUUACACCUAUCUGGCUGUUGCUCACGUGAUAGCAGUCACUGAUGGAGAAGAGCAUGCAUAA